AGGCCUGCAGGAGUAGGCGCUCUGGCCAGCCCUUACCUUUAGGGUCCUGGACAAGACAGCGCUUGGGUUACUGCCUCUUUAAGAGAGGCUGCUGCGUGGGCUGGGGAAGUAAGACCUGCCUGGAAAGCCCAGCCUCAUUCAGCAGAAGCUGGGACCCUACUGGAAAGGACCCAGGGGAUGGAUGGAGGCAGCUCCAGGAGAGGGGUCCCUAGCUGGCGGCUUGGCUGAGAAGGCAUUUUCCAGCGGGGGGAGGCGGCAGCCGAGCCAGCCCCACCUGCGAGGCAAUGGAGAAGCCAGCGCCAGCUGGGGACUGAUUGCAGCGGGUAACGUGCACAUCCCCGGGAAGCUGCAAGUGUGAUGGGAGCCCGGUGCCUGCAGUAACCUGGCAGCCCCUUCAUUGCGCCGGUCUCGCUCUCUCUCUGGGUGCACGCUCAGCCCGGCGUCGAGCGCUUCCUCCCUGAGCCUCGGCCACCGCAGGCAGGAGACCUCGCCUCUUUGUCUGCGAAGGCGAAGGUGAGGGCGUUUACACGGAGACGCGCCGCCACAUGCCGGCGGCUCGGGGACUCCAGGCAGCGGGCGGCGGCGCGGCGCGGUAGAUCCGUCGCCCCUCCAAGGACGGGGAGCCGGGCCGAGCCCCGUAACGCGCUAAGAGCGGCGCCAUGGCUGAGAAGGGGAUCGACCCGACCUCCGUCUCCAUCGCCUUGGAGGACUCUGUGUGCAAUGCGGGCUCCCAGGACGCGCCUCUCCUGACCACCCACCUGAAGAAGGUGGAGAAUCACAUCACAGAGGCGCAGAGGUUCUCGCACCUGCCCAAGCGUUCGGCCGUGGACAUUGAGUUCGUUGACCUGUCCUACUCCGUCCGUGAGGGCUCCUGGUGGAGAAAGAGAGGGUACAAGACCCUCCUGAAAUGCCUGUCUGGGAAAUUCUGCCGGCGCGAGCUCAUCGGGAUAAUGGGCCCCUCGGGCGCUGGGAAAUCCACGCUCAUGAACAUCCUGGCUGGUUACAGGGAGACGGGGAUGAAGGGCCAGAUCCUGGUGAAUGGCCGGCCGCGGGACCUGCGCACCUUCCGCAAGAUGUCCUGCUACAUCAUGCAGGACGACAUGCUGCUGCCGCACCUGACUGUGCUGGAGGCCAUGAUGGUGUCUGCUAACCUGAAGCUGAAUGAGAAGCAGGAGGUGAAGAAGGAGCUGGUGCAGGAGAUCCUGACGGCGCUGGGGCUGUUGGAGUGCUCCUACACACGCACCAUGUCGCUGUCUGGUGGGCAGCGCAAGCGCCUCGCCAUCGCCCUGGAGCUGGUCAACAACCCCCCGGUCAUGUUCUUCGACGAGCCAACCAGUGGCCUGGACAGCGCCUCCUGCUUCCAAGUCGUCUCUUUGAUGAGAUCCCUGGCCCAGGGAGGCCGCACUAUCAUCUGCACCAUUCACCAGCCCAGCGCCAAGCUCUUCGAAAUGUUCGACAAGCUGUACAUCCUGAGCCAGGGCCAGUGCAUCUUCAAAGGGGUGGUGACCAACCUCAUCCCCUACCUGAAAGGGCUGGGGCUGCACUGCCCCACCUACCACAACCCCGCUGACUUCAUUAUCGAAGUGGCCUCGGGCGAGUAUGGAGACCUCAACCCAUUGCUGUUCCGUGCUGUCCAGAACGGGCUGUGCACCAUGGCCGAGAAGAAGAGCAGCCCGGAGAAGACGGACUCGUCCUGCCCAGUCCCCUGCGUGACGGACGUGGAUCAUAUCGAGAGCCACACGUUUGCCACCAGCACCAUGACCCAGUUCUGCAUCCUCUUCAAGAGAACGUUCCUGUCUAUCAUGAGAGACACGGUCUUGACCCACCUGCGGUUCAUGUCCCACAUCUGCAUCGGGGUGCUCAUUGGGCUGCUGUACCUGCACAUCGGCAACGACGCCGGCAAGGUCUUCAACAACACUGGCUUCCUCUUCUUCUCCAUGCUCUUCCUCAUGUUCGCCGCCCUGAUGCCCACUGUCCUCACAUUCCCUCUGGAGAUGUCUGUGUUCCUGAGAGAGCACCUGAACUACUGGUACAGCCUAAAGGCCUAUUACCUGGCCAAGACCAUGGCAGAUGUGCCCUUCCAGGUGAUCUGCCCCAUAGCCUACUGCAGCAUCGUGUACUGGAUGACAGGCCAGCCCCCGGAGGCUACGCGCUUCCUCCUCUUCUCCGCCCUCGCCACUUCCACCGCCCUGGUGGCACAAUCCCUGGGGCUUCUGAUCGGAGCAGCUUCCACCUCCUUGCAGGUGGCCACGUUCGUGGGACCGGUCACUGCUAUCCCCGUCCUGCUCUUCUCAGGCUUCUUCGUCAGCUUCAAGACCAUCCCCACGUACCUGCAGUGGACCUCAUAUGUCUCCUAUGUCAGGUAUGGCUUUGAGGGCGUCAUCCUCACCAUCUACGCCAUGGAGCGUGAGGACCUGGAGUGCCGGGAGACUCCCUGCCCCUUCCAGAAUCCCAGCAGGAUCCUCCAGGAGCUGGACGUGGAAGAGGCCAAACUCUACCUGGACUUCAUCAUCCUGGGCAUCUUCUUCCUCAUUCUGCGGCUCCUGGCCUACCUGGUCCUCAGGUACAAAGUGAAGUCUGAGAGAUAAGGGGGCCAUCGGAGCCCGAUGCCUUUCCCAGACCUGAUCUGCCACAGCAUGGACAUUCCCAAAGGGAUUCUCAGUCUCUGUGGAUGUGGGACCACAGGGGAGGCAUCGGGGAGGUGGCGGCCAGUCCUGGCUCAGUCGAGAAGGUUUUUUGGGACAUCUCGGAACUGUUUUAACCUUUCCACACUCUUCAUCGCAAAUGUUUUGUACUGUCCUGGAAUGCCUCAUUCUCUCCCCUGGAGCCGCGUCAUCAGAUGGAUCUUGGAUUCCUUCCUCCACCCUGUGCCCCAAACCACCACCUCAGGACACCCACGGAGGCAGCUGUCUUCCAAGCCAGACAAAGAGAGAGCAGCCCGCCAAGAGGCUUUGGGGGAGGGGGUUGCGCUGGUCAGAACCCCGUUUACCUCCCGCAAAGCACAGUUUUGUAGCGCAGCGUGUAGUGCAGUGUUUUAACUUGCCUGCGAGUCGGUGUCCAGUAGCAUGUGUAUCCAUAUUAAGAAGAAAUCAGAAGACAACAAUCGGCUAAGUGGCAGGAGGCUUUCAUGUUUACCUUUAGCCAUAGUGCCAGCCAAUGCCAUAGCUCUGGUCUUUUUCUGUAGACUUCCCUUUUUCUUAAGGAAAAACCAAAACCAAAAGACAACCCGGCAGCACUUAGCACAGGAACAAGUACUGUCGCUCUGGGGGGAUGCGGGUCGAUCAGGCCUCUGCAUUUAGGAUUUGGCAGGAUGUAAUAUUGGUAGAAACAUUUCAAUGAAAUUUUUUUAAAAUGUUUUUUCGGGAGGUGGGAGAGUUUCCGCCCCUGCUGGGUUUGCCACCAGGGCCCUGCCAUGUUGGACUACUGCAUGAGACCCGGGGAGUGAAGGAGCAAACCUGGCUGGCCAUGUUGAAACUGACCAGUUUCCUUGGGAGUUGAGUAAAUGGUGAAAAGGAAAGGGGGCGGAUUCUCCAUUCUCUUACACUGGUGUGAAUGGGAGGCAGCUGUCCUGAAGCCAGCAGAGUUAGGUUGGGUUAGGGUGACCAGACAGCGAGUGUGAAAAAUCGGUAAUAGGAGCCUAUAUAAGAAAAAGACCCAAAACUCGGGACUGUCCCUUAUAAAAUUGGGACAUCUGGUCACCCUAGGCUGGGUUGAGAGGAGGAUCUGGCACAGUGAUUGACCUCAGUGGAUUUCUGCUCCCCUCUGAAAUCAGAAUCAGUCCCUAGGGGCCCAAUGCUGCAGACCACUUGGGUCUGAUUCUCCCAGUUCACCUGCACUUUGCAUCGUCACUUACACCUGCACAAAAAUCCUGCCGAAUCAGAGCGGAGAUGUUUUACCCUUGCUUUGCACAAGUGUAAAAUGAUGACACAAGGUGCGGGGCAUUGAUGAACCAGCCCCAUUGAGAUUAGCAGGAUGUGGCCCUGAGUGGCACGAAAGGUGCAAAGUAAAGGAGCUCUCCUUUGUGUUUAAUAACCCCCAGUCUUGUUACAAUGCAUGGAAGGACAUUUUCAUUUGUGGCUGAUAAUGGGACAAUGCCCCUUUUAAAGUUUGGCCUUGCAGCUGAAGCCCUGAAUAGCUGAAGACAAACAAAUUUCAAAACCUCCCUGAGCUCCCUAAUCAGUAAUAGAAAAAGCAAGCACAGAAUUAAAAAUCCCCGGUGUGUUUGUGUUCAGCCCAAAACAGUGUUUACCGUGUGUAGCAGUUGUGUACAGAGCAUUUUGCAGGGAGACAUUUAGCUGGCGUCAAUCGGCAUAGCUCCAGUCACAUCAGCUGAGGGUCUCCCCUUGUAUGAGCUAAUUUAUUUCGGUGUACACCUGAAGUGGCAGCUCUGUAAAGCUCUUGGUACUUAAAACAUGAUCCGUAGCUAUAACUGGCAAAUAACUUGUAGCAGAGGGAAUUUCAGGGGCAGGGGAGAAGAGAAGAUGAUUUCGGCUGAGAUUUGGGAAGAACUGGGAGGCAGAGAGCUGAGCUAUUUGAAAGCGAUUCCUCCCGUCUUUGACAUGCCAAGGCUUGAGCUCAGUAUUCCAUGUUUCCCCUGCAGUAGCUGACAAGCCAGUGUCCAAAGCAAAGUGUUUUCCUGUGCUGCUCAAAGCAUUUGCAAUGCCUGCAAUCAAAGCACCUUGCUCUGCUGGGAGCAGGUCAGGUCUUGCAUGCUAAUCAGAGUCAGGCUUGGUCAGUGUUUGGAUGGGAGUGGUGUUGGAGAGUCAAUAGGAAUUGUUCUUCCCUUUAGAGGCCAUACUGAGCCCAUGGUGCCAUUAGGGGGAGCUGGUAGUCAAAGAGGUGUCCUUCAGAUGAGCCUUGAAGUCCAGGCCCUACAAACUUUAAUCUUGUGGCUUGUUUGUCAAUCAGGGGUUAGCCUUGGAGUCCUGGCGAAAUUCCAGCUCAGGUUUCCCUUCCCUAAAGUCCUUAGCAGCUGCAAUCAGAGACAGGAUUCUCCUUUGUUUCUUGCCCUGAGGUGCUAUGUAGUGUUGCUGUGCUGUGUCAAAGAGCUGCUGUGUUCCAGCCCAGAGGGGGCUGCAUGUGUGUAGUUUGUCGAGUGCUUUAGGACCAUCCCAGGAGAACGGGUGCUCUAGAAAUGGAGGCUCCAGAGCCCUGAACUCGGGUGUUUGUAGGGCAGGGAAGGAGGAGCUCAGUUAAGCUCCACAUCUGCUCUGUUACUGGUUUGGGGCUUAAACAAGCCACUGCCACUCCCGUGUUUCAGUUUUCAUGGAGGAGAUGGGGAGGGAGGGGAUUAAUGCUGUGGGGCUGCCUAGAGCAGGGGUGGGCAAACUGCCCUGGCCCUGCACCGCUUCCAGAAGCAGCCGGCACCACAUCUCUGUGGCCCUGCCUCGCCCCCCCACUCCCCCGGCUCCUCCAGGGAGCCUGCCUUAGCCCCGCUGUGGGCCUCUGCCACCCCGGAGCCGCUCAAGGUAAGCGGCGCCAGGCCAGAGCCUAUGCCCCAAACCCCUCCUGAACCUCUCCUGAGUCCCCUGCCACACUCCUCCUGCACCCCAACCCCUUGCCCUGACACCCCUCCCAACCCCCUGCCCCAGCCCUACAUUCAUGGCCCUGCAUGCAAUUUCCCCACCCAGAUGUAGCCCUCGGGCCAAAAAGUUUGCCCACCCCUGGCCCAGAGCCCUGAUCCUGAUAAGGGGCAGUAUGUAGAGAGCAGAGGACCCAGGUGUUGGAGGGUGAGAGCCAGUGAGAUGACCCAGUGCAAUUCGAUUCAAGCAGCCUGGGGGCUAACAAGGACCCUUCAUCACCACUCGCUCCUCUUUCCUCCUUGCUUUCACUCCUUCCCCUCUCUCUUUCUCAUUCCCCUUUUCUCUGUCCCUCACUCCAUGGGCACAGGCAGGGAAGGUCCUAGGUCCUUGCGUCCGGCCCCUGCGGUCGCUGGGAACCCCAUCCUACAGCCCCAUCCAGAAACUUACCAGGCUCCACCUUCAAACCAGUCAGGCUGCUUGUCGCCACAGCUCCUCAUGAGAGGCUUGGCUGGUGGUUAGAAACUGACACUUUCCCCUUCUCUGCCCUCAUCUCUCUUUCCUCCCUUGCUUUCCCUUGGGGCUGGGUUCUAAGCUAUCCCGUCUAACUGUGUCGGCGCUGGGGGCUGCCUUCGUUAACUGUAUUAGUACCAAAGCUGUGUGUGGCCCAGCCGUGAACAUACACUGCAUCCCUAACAUAACCCCCAGGUCGGUCUAUCCGCUCUUGGUGUAGGGAGACCCCCGUGAUGGGGUCUGAACCCAGCGUAGGGUCCUGCUCUGCAAUAGAUUCUCCUCCCGCUCAGCCCUGCAGGAAGCAAGUAUGGAGGGGCAGAGAUGCUGGGAGCCCUCCAGGCCAAUGCCCGGUGUAGCAACGUGCUGCCCACGCUGUCUCAAGGUUGGAACCCAUGCCACCUACGCCCAAGACAUCCUCCAGUGGUCUAAAUCCCUCUCCAGCAUCAUCUUUGCUCAGUAGCGGCCCGAGCUGCUGCCCCUCCCAGAAGAACUCGGGCUGUUUGUGUGGUGUUUAUUGGGUUUCUCUUGCUGGAUGGACUGGACCUGAGUUUCUCACUGCACUGCCUCUGGCGGGGGCAGGUGGUGCACGGUGGACACCGGGGGCCAUGCAGGAAUCAGGAGCUGCUCACCGUGGAUCUCCAACCCUCUGGGGGAUUUUGAGUCCCAGUUCUCCCAGGCUGGAACUUCUCCCCACCCUUCACCUGCACAGGAACGAAUGGGGUCCCUGCCCUGAACUGGACCUGGAUCUUAGCUGGGGCAGCGGGAUCAAAGCAAUAGAAAACUGGAUGUGGGCUCCAUUGCCUGGUACAGUUCUUCCCUCCCCACCUGUCUCCGGAAGCUGCGUCGCUCCUGCGUCUUGUCUGGUAGUGGGCCAUGGCCAUGCUGCAGGAGCACAGCUCAGAGACGGGACCAGCUUGGUGCGUCUGGUGGUUCGGAAGGUCGGUUAUGGCUUGUGAGCCUCGGUGUGGGACCCUGGCUGCCGAGGUUUGGAUUGUGUCUCCCUGGGCUCACUAACCUCUGACCUGCUGUGUGGGGACAAGCAUUGCUCACUGACUCCUGAAUACAAAGCACAAGGGGUCCCCGGAUGGAGCCAGCCAGACUUGCUGAGUGAGCUUUGGGGUCAAGGCUGAUUGCUGGGCAGAGACUCCUAGGCCCCAAUUCCCUGGUAACUAGAUAAUCCAUGACCUCAGGGGGAAUAUGGAAAGGGAGACAACAGCAAACCAGCCCCACUGACAAGUCCUGUGUUUGGCCAUCAGGGUGGCAUGGCCAGGCUGGGUAGCAGAGUCAUGGGCUGACCCUCAGGGGACUGAAGAAAGCCGGGGUGUGCUGGCAGGGGAGGGGCUGCUGCCUAGGCUGCCCUGGUCUGUAGAUACCUACAGGGCUCUGGAGCUGUCCGGCCAGCACUUUUCCUAGUUCGUACAGGCCGUCAGCCUCCCGUCCCAGCCGCCCUCCUGUGCACGGUGCCUCACUCAGCCUGCUCUAGCUGGCUUCGUUCUCCAGAUGGUCAGGUGCCGUCCCAAGUUUUACAGAUGGGGUGUGGGACAGACCCCUGGCUUGCGGGGUCGGGGGAGAAUGGCUGGCUGGGGUGCCCCCUUUCCCAGGCCCAUGAUGGCAGCUGUUCUGAGCGGCACUGAACGCACAAUGCUGUUGAUUGUAUGGACUGUGAAAGGAGCACCGGCACAUCAAACCUACUAUGCCGGAUCAAUGCCAGGUGGAGAGCUCAUCUCUGGGAGGCCACCUGCCCUCAGCCCCUUUGGUAUCACGCCUGCUGUCAACCAGGGAUGGAGGGAGACUGGGCAAGCACCUCCCAGCUGGCUGCUUUAGUGACCACGCGCCUUUACCCGCACUUCCCAGGGCGUGUGCGGAGACGGGGCCCAUGGUCCAGUAUGCGAGAUGGUUAAUGCUGCUAAUGUUCGGAGGUGAGGAAAUGCUCUGCCUGUCUGAGUCGGAUUAGCAGGGUGCUGCUUCAUAGGCAGGGGGGAUUGCCCCCUCCUCCCAGUGUUAAUGGGGGGGGUCACACAGGGAUGUCACUGGCAGCAGUCCAGGCAGUGAGCCGCCGUGGCCAUGCAGCUGGAGGAAGGCCGGUCUGCUCCAACCUGCUUGGAAGUGGAGUCUUCUCUGUGACUUGCUGCCCGAGACUCCAGCCAAGCUGCUGCUUCAGGUCAGGGACAGCUGUGUAGCCCAGAGGAUGCCAUCUCCUUCCUUCUCUGCCUGCCUGCCUCCCCAUUGCCUACCUCUCCUUGCCCUGGGAAGAUGAGGCAGGGGGGCUUUCCCUCCUGUCUCCCCUAGCGUCACAACAUGCCAGCCGUACAGGGUACGGGCUGUGACUUGUGUUCCUCUCGGCAGGAUGGGGAGAGGUCAGGCAGUUGUGACCCGCCACUCACAGUAAUAAUGCCGGCUCUUUGUUGAUAUGUGGUCUGGGGGGUUGAUGCAAUCCUGUCUCUUCUUUCUCCUUCCUUAAAUGGGAUCAGAAAAAGCAACCAAAGGGCCUCCUCCCAUGCCGGGGAGUUUGACAUGAAAUUCCCGUCCGCAUGGGUGUUGGUGGCAGGGCGUGCUCCAAAGAGGGCAGCUGGGCGUGCCAGAGCUUUGUCGCACCAAGUUCUUUCACAUGGCCCGCUGCUCCUAGGAUUGUAACAAGUGACUACGAUGCACUUUAAUAGAGCAUGCUCCUUGGGGCGCUUGACAUUGCCAGUCACUUUGGGGGGCACUAGGUUCCUUCUGGAUGCCAAUUUGUGUGGCACCAGGGCUUGGCGCCCCCUCUCUGGGUAGGGAAGUCCUUCCUGCAUGUCUCUUUGGGAUAAUCAGGAGGUGAGUGUUACGGGCAAGGGAGGGUUCUCUGCCCCCUCCCUCUCCAUUUUCCAGUCCUGUCCCUUCCUGUAAUGUUCCCAAACACUGGGUCCCAAUGCACCAGUGGGUCACGGGAAGAUUUUAGAUGGGUCGUUACAUCCAGGGCUGUAUUAAACCAUCACUGGGCCCUAGGUGAACAUACCCUUCUCCCUGCCUGGUGCAGAGGGGAGGCCCAGCAGAGGGGGUGGGUGUCGCAGACAAGCCUGCCCUGCGCUCACCCCACAGAGGCAGCUCCUGUUGCACAGGUCUGGGCCUGGCUCCCUGCUCCAGGCGUUGUGACUGGCGCACAGGGUCACAGGCGUUGUGACUGGUACACCAGCUCACAACACUCGGAGUGGGGAGCAGGACCCAGUCCUGCGGGACAGGAGUCGCCACUGAGGGAGGGAGUACAGGGCAGACUUGGUCUCCAGCCCCUCCCCCAGGACCUCCCCACACACAGGGCUGGGAUUCGGGUUCUGGUGCCGGGACAGGGGGUGCAUAAAUGUAAUGGUACGUCACCAAAAAAAGAAACUGCAGUUGGUGGAUCACCCCAGUAAAAAGUGUGGGAACCACUGCUGCAAAUGCACUUUUAAUGGACAGCAAGUCCUUGUUCAGGCUGCUGAUUAGGGUUUGUGUGCUUUGCAACAUAACCUGAAUGACCAUAUGUGUUUAGCUUCUCUUUAAAACUGCUCCACCCACUGGGAGAGCUACUCCCAUCCAAAGGCAUGAAUGCAACACGUGCAACUUCUCUCUCCGGGCACUCACAUAAGCACACACACACACACAUACUCUCUGAUACAGUCUGGCACACUUGCAUGCCCUGAUACUCUUAUUCACACGUACAGGCGAAGCAGAUUCACAAUCAAACCACUGGUGCUAAGGCUUGCAAAGGGAAGACGCUGGGCCAUGGAUGGGGUGGGCGGGCGCAUUUCCAGGUCUCCACCUUCCCCUCGAAUCAGGCAAUAAACGUGUUUUGUUUCGAUCCGUGUGGACAAAGUUUGUGUCAUCCAGCCACCAAGUGAGCUCCUGGGCCAGAGAGUGUCACAUGGCUAUCUCAGCUGUUCCAUGUUUCCCAUCGAUAUCUCAACAUGGCUGGUGUGUGUGUGUUCUAAGUCUCUUUUCAAGUGUUCUUCAUGUUUGUAUAACCAGAUGGGUUUGUAUAGGGAGUGCGUGUGUGUGUGUGUGUGUGUACGUGUGUAGCAUAGAGAGGUCUGGCCAAUAGAAUCUGUCACGGGCCACCUAAUCAUAAGAGGUGUGUCUGUUUAAUUGGGACCGCGUCCCACAACCAAUGUGUUUCAAACCAUGGCUAACAGUCACCGUGAGUCUGUUUAAAUGGCUUCAUGUGCAAACCCUUUGCUACAGCGGCCAGGUGUGACACGCUGUCUGCCAGCAUUCAGGACACAUUCUGCGAUCUCUUUGUUCACUGGAGGUGGCUACGUGGAUCCACAUGACCUUGCUAUCAUUUCCCCAAGCCUGGCCCUCUGCGUAUCUUUUCAAAACAAGUGGUGAAAGGGAAGCAAAUCUCUCCCAGCCUGAGAGCUCCCCUGGGGAAGCUGGCAUGUCUCUUUCCUGAUGAGGGUCAGUUCCAGUGAAGAGGAUUGUGCUGUCUGCACACACACACAUGCAGGUAUAGUCUGUAGCUCCUGACUUUAUGAUGGUGUCUUUGCAGAGACGUUACUAGUUUAAUCUUGACCACCAUCCAGAUUCACAGGGUGACAGGAGUCAGCAGCUAGGCAGACAUUUUGCAGUUUAAUUCAGUGUUCCUGAGAUGCCAGCUGUACUCGUUGGAUUUCACACCCUUAAUAAAACCUAUAUUUAUACUGUA